UCGCGUACGGUUGUACGUAGGCACUCUUCGCAUUGAAGUAGAAAGUUCAAAUUAUUUAAAUAAAAAAUGGUCCCAUAAGAAAUGAAGUUAGCCAUUCGCGAGCUGAGAAAUUUUAACGAGCGCGAAAAUAUACGAUUUUAACGAAAAAUAAAAAUACGAAUACAAAAAGAAAGUUUCGGUUCGUGUCAAAGUUUAAUAAUACAUUUGUGUGAAAAUGGGUGAAACCAAAAAGUUUAAUAAUUGCAUUAUUAUGUUUGAUCAAAAUGAAUUUGGCACCUAUUUUACUGGCCAAAUUGUGAGUGGAAAAGUGGUGGUCACGCUAGAGAAGUCCAAGAAAUUAAAAGGUAUUAAACUACAAAUUUGCGGUUUCGCUGCUUGCCAAUGGCGUGAGAAAUAUGGCCAAAAGUUAGCGGUGCAAAAAAUUAAUCCUCGAGUUAAACGAAUAUACUUUGGACGCGAGGAAUAUAUUGCAUCUACAACAUAUCUUGUGGGCUCAGAACAUGGUAGUAAUUUCAAUAUGGAUGCUGGCACUUAUACCUACACAUUCUCCUGUCCCAUACCACCAAACUGUCCUUCAUCCUUCGAAAGCACUUACGGACACAUACGUUACCUCGCCAAAGUUACAUUUAUACGAAACGGCGCUGCCGAUCGCGUACACAAUGUAGGCUUCACAGUACUCAAAUUGCUAGAUUUAAAUCAGGAGAGUAAAAUGUUGAAGUCGCCCGCCACCAACGAUGCGCUCGAGAAUGUCUGCUUCUUCCUAUCCAAGGCGGUACACCUGAAAGUCGACCUCCAACAGACAGGCUAUGUACCCGGCCAAUAUGUGUUGGUCAGCGCUGAUGUGGACAAUCAAUCGUCCGUAGACUGUAAAAAGCUUAUUAUAACGUUGAAUUUACGCGCCACAUACACUUCAGAUACGCCAGCUUUGCGCACAGUUUCGGAGAAAAUUUGUCUUGCGAAAAAAGUUUGUGGUCAUGUGCCGCGUUACAUGCGCAAAGCCUUCGCAGAAACUAUACGCGUGCCAGCGACUGCGCCAACCUGUGAGCAUAUAAGCAAAGUUGUACGCGUCUCCUACGAGCUUUGUGUGCAAGCAAUGAUGAGUUCUGUGAUGCGAAAUCCGAAAACCGUUAUACCAAUAACUAUUGGCAAUGUGCCCUUAACGACAGCUGAUGAGGAAGAAUGGUUAGAGGAAGAGGGGGGAGGAGAAGAUGUGCCAACAACAUCUGCUGGACACGUUCGAUCAACUAGAGAAAUGGAAAGUGAUAUUGGGGCGAUAAGAGCAGUGAGCGAGGAAGAUACAAGUGAAGCUGAGGAGGGAAUUGAUUUGCCUCCACCCACCUAUGAGGAGGCGAUGUUCAUGAGUACCAAUAUAGCUGACAAUGAUACCAACAUAGUCAGUGUGGAUGCACCAUUUACGCCCCGUUAUCCUGUCUUCAACGUGGACGAGGCAAAUUUGGCUUUAGGCGGCAUGGGUUUGAGUCCACCACCUAAUUUGCCACAAAAACGAAAACGUCGCAGAAGGCGAUGCCGGGCGCCCGAAGCUGCUCCAAUGGAGUUCCUAAAAGAGCGACCGCCAACGGAAUCGCCGAUACAAAUAUGAAAUUAGCAACGAAUUCGUACGUAUUUACUUACGUAUGAGAAAAAGUCUAGAAAAGCCAAAGUGCAAUACAUAUCAAUUAAUUAAAUAUU